UCAUAGCCUCAAUCUUUACUCCAGGGUGGAUCGAUUUAGCCUCUGCAAGAUGGACAACACAGGAGUGACAAAAGGAAUCGUGAUCAAAGAUGACUGGCCUGGAUACAGUUUGGAUCUCUUCACGUACCCUGAACACUACCAUGAAGACAUAGAGAGUGUUUACAUUCCACAUGGCGUUAUCAUGAACAGGAUAGAGCGUAUGGCCAAAUACAUCAUGGAUGACUUUGGAAACAGCAACAUCAUGGUGCUGUGUGUCCUGAAGGGAGGCUACAAGUUCUGUGCAGACCUGGUGGAGUUCCUAAAGGUGCUUGGUCGAAACACCAACAAGUACCUGGAAACCAGGGUGGAGUUCAUCCGUCUCAAGAGCUACCUGAAUGACCAAUCAACAGAGGAGCUGCACAUCAUAGGAAGCCGAGAUCUGUCUUUCCUGCGAGGGAAGAGUGUGCUCAUCGUUGAGGCCAUACUGGACACAGGAAAGACCAUGAAGGCCCUUCUGAAGCAUGUGGAGACCUUUGAACCCAAAAUGGUCAAGGUCGCAGGUCUGUUGGUGAAGAGGGUCCCUAACAUGACAGAAAGUUUGACUGACUAUGUUGGAUUUGAAAUCCCAAACCGCUUCGUGGUCGGUUAUGCCCUGGACUACAAUGAAUACUUUCGAGACCUGAAUCAUAUCUGUGUCAUCAGCAAGACUGGGAGGAUGAAGUACAAGGUUUGAGGAGAAUUAAAACCAUAAGUAAUCCAUCUGCAGCAGAAAACUGUUCAUCUACCUUAUUCAACAAUAAGUCAUGGAGCAGUUUUGCACUAUUUUGCUAAAUAAGCCAAUUUUUUUAGAAGAAAAAAACAUAUUUGUAUUUAUAUUUGUAUGUCUUGAGAUUUUUUUUAGG